AUGCUCCUCCUCCUCAUCCAGCUCGCGACGGUCCUCCUCGCCGCCACCUCGACUGCAGCACAGAACAGCAGCGACGCGCCGACGAGCUAUGUGCUGUCGCUGACGCCAGGCCCGACGCCGGCCAAGACGUGGCUCAGCAGCCCGCUGUUCAACACUGAGCCCACGAUAACCGCGACGCAACCAUGGCGCACGCCCGGCGCGCACAAGGUGCCCGGGACACGGAUCACGUUCCCCUCGACCGGCGACUACUGGGUCAUGAACGGCACGGGCGUGGUCCAGUGGUCGUGGGACGGCGCGUACAACAACAACGGCUCCAAGGCGGACCACUACAUCCGCCUGGCGCACAUCAACACGAGCACCGAGGCCGGCAAGUGGAGCCUCGUCGCGGCGUGGAACGUCCGCCUGCAGGCCGGCGUGCCGGCCCGCAAGGGGGUCGCAUACGCCGAGCUCGGGCACCCGUUCCUCAAAGUCUUCCCCAAGUUUAACAAGACGAUCAGGCCGUUGCCACGCACGGGGUACUACCUCAUCUGGAGCCAGGGCGGCGACGACGAGAACAGCACCGUCGCCAUCUCGGACGUGUUCGAGGUCAAGCCGGCCGGCACGGCCGAGAAGCUGCCCAAGGGCUGGGAGAAGGGGUUCAACGAGGCGGCGUACAAUGCGACCGAGAAGGGCGGCCGCAGCGAAGCGUACACGACCACACGGUACACGCCGCCCUCCUCGCCGACGUCCACCCUCCCCCCGUGGGAACGCCCCAGGGCGCACAACGUGCCGGGCACGCGUAUCACGUUCCCCGCCGCAGGCGACUACUGGGUGGCGGACGGCACCGGCGUCGUCGGGUGGCAGUGGAACGGGGCGUACAACCACACGAAGCAGUGGGACGGGACAGCCGCGAAACAGCCCACGUACUGGCUGUACCUCGCACACGUGAACGUCACGGGCCAGUCACUGACACGGUACACGCUCAUGGCGGUGUGGAACGCGCGGAUCCCCGCCAACGUGCCCGGGUCCAAGGCGUUCGUGUACGCUCAGCUGGGGCACCCUUUCAUCCCCGGCCCCAUCAGCCCGUGCGUUCUGUUCUCAUUGGGGCGCUCACUGACGCAGAGAAACUACCACCCGCCCCCGCGAUUUGGGUACUACAUCUCCUGGGAGCUGUCCCAAGGUGCCGGGAGCUCGCCUGACUCCACGAUCGCCGUCUCCGAGGUUUUCGAGAUCAAGGAGGCCGGCACGAAGGAACAGCUGCCGAAGGGCUGGCAGAAGGGGUACGGGCCGAAAGACUUCCAGAAGUGGAACGCGACGGUCGCCAACGGCGGUAGCAGUGGCGCAGGCGCGCUCACCGCGCCGCUCGCCCUCGUCGUCCUCGGCGUGGCGACUACGCUGGUGCUCUAA